AUGGACCCGCCCAAUGCCGUCGAGCUCUCGUCCACCUCGUCCACCUCUGUCCCUCAGCUCGAGUCGACCGCACCCGCACCCGCCCCAGCCGACGCGCAGCCCGUCCUGCAGCCGUCCUCGUCAACCAUCGACGCAGCCGACCCGCCUGCCGCCGCACUUCCCGCCGCCGACGCGAGCACGACCUCGUCCGCACCCGCCGACCCUCCCCUGUCCAAGUCGGCGCUCAAGCGCCAGCGCAAGCAGGAGGCGUUCCAGGCGCAAAAGCUCCAGCGUCGCGCCCACGAGAAGGAGAAGCGCAAGGCCAAGGCGGCCGAGGUCAAGAAGCUCGUCGCCGAGGGCAAGAUGGACAAGCCCGUCAACAAGAAGCGCCGCCUCAACGGCAAGCAGGUCCCGCACGGCGCCCGCAUCGCCAUCGACAUGGGCUUUGACCACCUCAUGUCGGACAAGGAGGCCAAGUCGAUGGCGUCGCAGCUCGGCUACUGCUACUCGGCCAACCGCGGCGCGACGCACCCGUUCCCGCUCCUCAUCACGUCGUUCACCGGGCGCCUGCGCGAGGCGUACGAGAAGCGCGGCGACCACGUCAGCUGGAAGGGCGUCGAGUGGUGGGAAGACGGCAUCGACAAGCUGUACGAGGGCGUCGACGACGGCAAGACGCAGCCCGCACAAGCCGACGGGAGCGCCCCUGUCGAGUCUCGAGUCGCUUCAACCUCGUCGUCGACGGCCGACCCCUCUUCGGCCGCCCCCGAGGCCGCCGCACCGACAUCAGCGCCCGAGCCGGCUUCUGUCGCCGCCUCUUCUUCUUCUUCCACUGCGCCCGUCGAACCGCCCGUCCCUCUCGUCCCGCUCGGCACCCUCGCCGGCAAGCCCCAGUCGCGCGCGCCGCGCUCGACCGUCGUGUACCUGACGGGCGACUCGCCCAACGUCCUCACGACGCUGUCGCCCGGCCACACCUACAUCCUCGGCGGCAUCGUCGACCACAACCGGUACAAGAACCUGUGCCUCGACAAGGCCAACGCGCUCGGGAUCGCGCACGCCCAGCUCCCGAUCGGCGAGUUCCUGCCCGAGCUGCAGACGCGCAAGGUGCUCACCGUCAACCAGGUGUACGAGAUCCUCGUCGGCUGGGUCGAGGAGGGCGAGAGGGCCGACGGGUGGAGGGAGGCGCUGCGGCGCGUCAUGCCCGAGCGCAAGCUCAACGCCGACAGCCGCAAGGAGCGGCGCUCGGGCAACAAGGCCGGCGGCGGCGUGGAAGGAGAGGUGGGAGAGCAGGACGACGAGGACGAGGACGACGGCGUGUACGUCGCGAGGGACGACGACGAGGACGACGUCGAGAUGGUCGUCGAGCAGGUCGAUGCGGCUCGCGAGGCGGUCGAGCGCGACGAGGAGCAGAACGAGGCGGCCGCCGUCGUGGCCAAUGUCGAUGGCGACGCGCGGGCUUGAGCUAGCUAUGCAACACUGCACGCCUCUCGUCGUGCUCCUCCGUC